AUGGAAAUGGACUCGCACAGUGAUCUGAAGCCGAUUGUACCACUCGCUGCAGCAGCUGCUGCCGGAAGCUUAAUGCUGACGAACUGUGACCAGAGUCCUCUGGGUAAGCUGAUGGAACAGUACAACAGGCUCGCAUCCGAGAGUCGAAUAGCGACAACGGCUGAGGAGAAGUUCUCAAAGAAGGACGUGAAACCAGCUGAAACGAUUGGAGCCACCGCCGCAGGAGCAGCCGCUCUCGUGGAUACGAUGCCCUAUUCGAACACUGUGUACUCACCGUAUUCGUGGCCCGCUGCUACAGCUUCUCCCUGGUGGAGUGCAGAACCGACCGGGACCUGGCCACCGUUGCCGUAUCCGACACCGGUCGCUACUGAUACCACGGCUGCGUCAUAUACGCCAUAUUUGGGCUCCCAGUUCCAAGGGUUACUCUCCGCAGCUACCGUAUCCGCGGCUACAGUAUCCGCUGUCGGACAAGCAGCUACGAGAUCAAAUUCAGGUUCCAGUUCAACGAACGAGUACUUACUGAAUCCACUGUCGAAAAUCCCCGGUGGCAAUGCUGUGUCGCAUUCCGGUGGCGGCAAAAUGCCCACUCGAUCUAACUGCGAAUGUCCGAAUUGCCAGGAAGCGGAACGACUCGGUAAUUGUUUUUAUUAA